AACAACGUAAAUCGCUCUCCAUUUCAGUUUCUCUGUGACAAACAAUACAAAAGGUCUAAAGGGUACUUUCCUCCCUAUUCGCAGCGAGAGAGAGAGAGAGAGAUGGCGCCGCCGGCUACGGAGCGGUGGUGCUGGGCAUUGAUUAUUGUGUUGCUUUCUCUGUUCGUCCAAUCCUCGACGGCCAUUUAUUGCGGCGAAGAAGAUUGCUAUGCUCUCCUCGGAGUCGCUCAAGAUGCGAACGCAUCGGAUAUUAAGAGAUCUUACUAUAAGCUUUCUCUCGAACAUCAUCCAGAUAAGAAUCCCGAUCCUGAAUCCAAGAAGCUCUUUGUCAAAAUCGCCACUGCUUACGAGAUUUUGAAAGAUAACGAGACUCGGGCACAAUAUGAUUAUGCAAUUGAGCAUCCCAGUGAGGUAUUUUACAACACUGCUCAAUACUACCGAGCCAAAUAUGGACAUAAGUCGGAUCCUCGUGCUGUUCUUGUGGGUCUACUGGUGGUUCUGUCUGCGUUUCAAUAUCUUAACAACGUAGCAAGGUAUAAUGAGGCUUUGGCAACAGUUAAGCGAACUCCUGCUUACAAAAACAGGCUCAAGGCCCUAGAACUCGAACGCACUGGUGGAGUGUCUAGCAAGAAGAAGGGUCCAAAGCAGAUCGACCAGAAACUACAGGAAGAGCUAAGCAAUGAACUCGACCUACAAAUUAAAGGAGCUGAAAACCCGUCGAUCUGGGAUCUUCUCGGUGUUCGAUUCGUUCUCCUACCUUACACCAUCAUCAAGCUUCUAGUAUGGUACAGCAGUUGGGUAUGGAGAUAUAAGGUUAAGAAAGCUCCUUAUUCAUUGGAAGACGCAUCUUACCUAACCCGAAGAUCACUUGGGGUGCCUCUCGACACAUGGACCAAUCUCGAUGAAUAUAAGAAGGAAGAUCUGUUGCAGAGAAGGCUAUGGGAGAAGCAGAAUCUUGAGAACUACUAUGCAGAAAUGCGUAAAGAAUCGAAGCGGAGAAGAUAGGUCCACUUGUCACUUACCAAACACUUUUGUUACCAUUAUUACUUUUAAUGUUACUAAGAUAUCUGAACAAACCAACCAGUUACACGAAGAGAGUAUAAUUGUAUGGUAUAAGGAACCAAAUCUCAAUUUAGCAUUAUACAAGUUGCAUCAUGUCUGAGAAUGAGCAUGGUCUACUUUUGACUCUCAA